AUGCGAUUCAGAACCAAAUGGUUGUUCACCAGUAAUCCCGGUUUGGAUCCGUUGGCCACAAAACAAUGGCUCACACAUCGAGUCCUGAAGACGGGAAUGAGAGAAAUCAUAACAACAACUUUGACGGCAGAGUUGGCCCAAUACGGAAGGGAUGCUCUGUUGAAGUUUGUCUACGAGACUAUGUUUUCAUGGAUUGUCGGUCUCAUCAACAAAGCCCUCGUUCUCCAGCAACAGUUCAAUCAACACGUCUUUAAAUUGGAACAAGAAGAGUAUGUCCGCGAAGGCAUUGAUUGGCAAUUUAUUACUUUCACUGAUAAUCAGCCGGUGAUUGACAUAAUAGAAGCCAAACCUAUCGGCAUAUUAUGUCUUUUGGACGAAGAGUGCAAAAUGCCUAAAGGCACAGACGAGACGUGGGGCGCAAAACUAUACUCGCAGAUUAAAAUUGGCGAUGUCUUCCAGAAACCAAAGUUUGGUUCCAGAAAUUCAUUUAUUAUCCAACACUUCGCUGAUACUGUUGUUUACAACGUCGAGGGUUUUCUGGAGAAGAAUAGAGACACCAUUUGGGACGAACAAAUUGAUUUACUUAAGAGAUCAACAGUUGUG